UUCUCUCACAGAGUCAGUUCAUACCGUCUGUUCGAAGAAUAUAAGUGGUAUAUAAUUUGCCAUAAAACGCGGCCACCAUGGUGAUUUUAUUAUUCACCUUCGUCCUCGGAAGUAUCGUGGCGGCAUAUAUUUAUCUAACCAGAAGUUAUAACUAUUGGCGUGACCGUAACAUUCCGUGCGCUAAGGGCACACUUCCAGGAUUUGGGCAUACAUUGCCGUUGCUUGUCAUGCGAACAACUCUGGUUGAUCUCGUUCAACGGAUCUGUGACCCUUAUCCAGAUAGCAGUAUGGUAGGUUUCUACCAUCAGACGACGCCUGCGUUGGUGAUUCGCGAGCCGGAACUGGUGAAGACUGUGCUGCAGACCAACUUCGCAAGUUUUUCCAGGAACGCAUGGAAAAUUGAUUCUCAUCUGGACCGUCUGAACGCUGCGAACCCUUUCUUCAGCCAUGGCGAUACAUGGUUGAUAAGCAGGAAACACAUGGGCCUCGCGUUUACUACCAGAAACAUAAAAAUCUUUUUGAACUGCAUCCAGCAGGUGUGCAACAAUCUUGAAAAUUAUUUGAACGACAAGCUAAAGGAGAAUAAUAACACGAUAGAACUCGAGCUUAAAAGUCUGGCCAGCAGAUAUACAACUUCAGUGGCGGCUUAUACCAGUCUCAGCGUAGAAAAUGUGAGCUUCGAACACGAAUCAGACGUGACGUCAGUAAGCAAAAUUACUGAGUUGAUGUUCGGGACGAAUUUCAUCAGUCUGUUAAGGCAGACUAUUUGUUUCUACUUUUAUUAUUUCAAACGAAUACUAGGAAUAUCAUAUGUGUCCGCAAAGAUUCAGGACUCCUUUUUUGGCUUCAUAAAGGAGAUAGUGCACAUUAGGCUACAGGAGAAGAAUACGCGUAAAUUUGACUUUUUGCAAUUAAUGUUGGAUCUGAAAGAAACCGAAAAUCUUGACUACAAUGUGAUGUCUGCUCAUGUUUCCACUUUCUUCAUGAAUAUGCAUGAUACGUCAACUGUGACACUAUGCUUUGCGGCUUAUGAAAUUGCGCGUCAUCCGCAUGUUCAACAGAAAAUCCGCGAGGAGGUGAGGACUGUUCUCGCAAAGUACGACGGCCAAUUGUCCUACUACGCGCUGAAGGAAAUGACGUACAUAGAUCAAGUGAUCAACGAAUCGCAAAGACUCUAUCCUAUUCUGCCCUGCAUGGGCAAAAUAUGCACUGAGGAGUUCGAACUGAAGAGUUCGGAUGGGCUCAGCUGUCGCAUACAUCCCGGAACAGAGAUCUUCGUGAAUGUCUAUGAAAUACACAGAAACCCGAAAUACUGGCCCAAUCCGGAAGUUUUUGAUCCCGAUCGUUUCUCCUCGGAUAGAAAGACGGAGAUCAAGAAGUACACUUAUUUGCCGUUCGGUGAGGGUCCGAGAAUUUGCGUGGCAAUGAGAAUUGCUAUGUUGCAGACGAAAGCUUAUCUAGCCAUGAUCAUAAAGAAUUACACUCUGGAGUUAUCGUCUAAGACGCCGAAGGAACCUCUCAAGUUUAUGCCUGGCAGUUUUCAUGUAAAACCUAUUAGUGGUUUAUGGGUUCAUCUUAAGCCUCUUUAAUUCUUUGUGUUAGAGAAUAUUGUAGAAAAUAAUGUAUAAAUAAUAUCAAUCUAUUGUGAAAUGUCGGAGAUAAGUUUAGAUGGAUAUUUUUCUAAAUGACGAAAAUUACGAAAUAAUGUAAAAUUAUGAAAAUUAUUCUAAUAGUUGAGAUAUAUGGUCAGUGUCAUAACACAACGUGAAAUUUAAGUUAUUUUCACUCAUUGCAGACAAACGUGACAUAAUUAUAUAUAGUCGAAUUUAUAUGCGAAUAAACAUAUAUUUACAAUUACCAGUCUUAACGGUUAAAUAACACAUUUCAGAGUUAGUUGCGCAAGUUAAACACAUAUUACGCACAUAUCAUAUAUAUUAAACAAAUAUUAUACUUACGCAUGUGAACAUGACAGGGUGUAUGCGAGUGUGUCAUUGUAUGUAAACUCAUAAUUUUAUUUUUUACUACUAGUUUAUACGCUUAUCAAAAAAGUGGCAAUAGAACAGAAAUAAAGAUAAAUUCAGGAAAAGAGAAAAAUAUAUUAAAAUAUAAAUAUUAUUGAUGUCAGUAAAUGCAGAUCUUGCAAUUUCAAUUUUUACCCUUAUUCCUACUAUUAUUAACACAUCUCUUUAUGUUUAUGUUUGCAAAAUUAAAACAAUCUUCGAAUGUCAGUGAGGUAGAGUAAUGAUGUAAUAACGUUGGAGCUGAAACAUUUAACUUGCAUACAUGCUUAAUAUCGCAAGUAAGAAAUAAUGUUUGUCUAAAGUCACGAAAGUAUUCGCUUCGACAUCAGAAAAUAUCAACUAACCGUAACAUAACAUCAAAGUUAGAAUUUACCACUCAAUAAUAUAACUUUUACAUAACACACGCGUUAUUAAAUUUACAGUGUUGGGUGGGGAAUUAUUAGAUUUUGAUAUUAUUACUGUUAUGUUCAUAUUAUUAAUUAAAGAAGCCUCUAUGCAACUUCACUUUCCUCCCCUUCAGUGAGAUAACGCGAACCUGCACUGGAACGAUAAUGGUUCUGUUGCAAAUAAAAGCAGGUCUAGAUAGGCUUCUGAGAAAAUACAGUCUGGUACUAUACCCCAAAAUAGAUGUGCCUUUGAAAGUAGUGCCUACAACUCUGUUACCGUCACAAUAAGGGGGUUUAUGGGUUUUUCUUCGACGACUUCAACUGCGAAAAUUUUUUCCAAUCCUUUCUAACGAGUUAAAAUAAUUUACUCCGUUGUUUCCCGAAGAUAACAGAUUACACAGAUAACAUUAAAUUGAUAUAGCCAUUUUUGUUAUCACGCCAAUUAUUUAUUUCUUAAUAUUUCAUAAUUAUAGCUAUGACCUUAUAAUAUUCCAAUAGUCUUUAUUACGCAUAAUUUUGCGUUGUAAGAUAUCGGUCGUACUUUACGCAACAAUAUUUAUCUGCGAAAGCAAGAGAUCAUUCAUGCUGCUCAUGACAUGCAUACGAGUGUUUCUUUCGUAAAAAUCAAUUUCUAAUAAUACCUUAAUAAUUUCUUGCUUGUUGCAUAACAUAUAUAUCGUUGCAAAUAAUAAUAUCAUAUAUAUACAUAACUUAAUUUCUUAAGUCAGUUAUAAAGAAGGGUAAAUAAACAAUUUGAAUA